GGGUGGGAACUGAUGUGUGGCGGGUCCGGGUUUCUGCACGGAGCUUGUCGACGGGCUGAGGAGUGAGACAGGCGGCUGGAGUGAGUUGGUUUGCGGGGUUCUUAUUUUAUCGCUGAACAAUGCCGAAGAAGAAGACCGGUGCUCGCAAGAAGGCCGAAAGCCGAAAGGAGCGAGAGAAACAGAGCCGCGCCAGUAGAGAGCAUAUAGAUGUGGCGAAACAUCCAUGCAAUUAUUCUAUGGACUGUGAUAAGUGUGUAAGACGUCAGAAAAACAGAGCUUUCUGUUACUUCUGUGCCUCGGUGCAGAAACUCCCUAUGUGUGCCCAGUGUGGUAAAACAAAAUGCAUGAAGUCCUCUGACUGCGUCGUAAAGCAUCCUGGCGUUCACAGCACUGGAAUGGGCAUGGUGGGAGCCAUAUGUGAUUUUUGUGAGGCCUGGGUUUGCCACGGGAGAAAGUGUCUGAGUACACACGCCUGCACCUGUCCUCUAGCUGAUGCAGACUGCAUUGAAUGUGAUCGCAGCGUCUGGGAGCACGGAGGACGCAUUUUCCGCUGCUCUUUCUGUCACAACUUCCUUUGUGAGGAUGACCAGUUUGAACAUCAGGCCAGCUGUCAGGUCCUGGAGGCAGAGACAUUUAAAUGUGUGUCAUGUAAUCGACUGGGACAGCACUCCUGUUUGCGAUGCAAGGCCUGCUUCUGUGAUGACCACGCUCGAAGCAAAGUCUUUAAGCAGGAGAAAGGAAAGGCGCCUCCGUGUCCAAAGUGCGGACACCAGACCCAGGAGACCAAAGACCUCAGCAUGUCCACUCGCACUCACAAGUUUGGCCGGCAGAGCGGGGCUGACGACGAUGGUUAUGAUUACGGCGCAUCAGGAUACGAUUCAUACUGGAAAAACCUUGCCUCCGGAGGAGGAGGAGGAGGAGGAGGGGACCAAGAUGAAGAUGAUGAUGACUACGAGUCUGAAGAAGAAGAGGAAGAUGACGAUGAUGAUGAGGACGAGGAGGAAGAAGAUGAGGAGGAAGAGGAACCUGAGGUGGCAGAUAAAAUUCACAAUCUGAGUCUGGGUACAGAUAGUGGCAAGUGAAGGAGUCCUAGUUCAGUAGUGGUGAAUAAAGAACGAUUGAUAGCUGUGCCUCUGAUGAUAGAUAAAGUCUUAUUUUAAACCAUACAGGCUAUAAAUCAUGUUCGGCUUGGCUAUUUUUGUUUAAACAUUUUCUUCUCAAUAAAAUCAGAGUGUUUAAAAAUG